AUGCAAGCAUUUUUUGGUUUCUUGAUCGCUUAUUUAACGGCGGUUAGUCAUGCCUUGGAUCCUCACAUUGUCGGUGGGACUGAUGCUUUAGUCGGAGCGCAUCCUUACAUGGUGUCUCUGAGACUGAAAAACAGUCUUUUCUGUGGCGGUUCUAUUAUCGCUAAACGUUACAUUCUUACAGCGGCUCACUGUCUUACGCGAUUUACCGAUCCCGAUGAUCUCAAAGACGUAACAGUUCACGCUGGCACAAACCUAUUGAGUGAAUCCGGUGAUGUUUACAAGCCUGAAGCAGCUAUUAUCCAUCCUGACUUUAAUCUGCUUUUAAUCCGCAAUGAUAUUGGCUUGCUCCGCCUUAAAACGGACAUAGAAUAUAAUAAAUUAGUGCAACCAAUCUCGGUUGCAAAAACGAAUUCAGUCCUAGUUGGCGAUCCUUGCUUUCUGACAGGAUGGGGAAGACUCGAGUACUUAGGCAAAAUACCUGAUAAACUUCAAAAACUCAACCUGCAAGUUUACUCGCAAUUAAAGUGCAAAGUUGCAUUCUUGAAUGUGAGGGACAGUCACAUCUGCGCAUUUUCACAAUAUGGCCAAGGAGCAUGCCAUGGUGAUUCCGGUUCUCCGCUCGUUGCUAAUGGUAUUCAAAUCGGCCUUGCCUCGUUUGUUCGACCAUGCGCAGUCGGAUAUCCGGACGUGUAUACACGGACAUCUUCGUUCACGGAUUGGCUCGCUGAGUACAUUAAUACUGAAUAAUAAAAUAAAAUAAUUAUAUACUUUGUAAAAAGGAA